AUGCGGUAUGCAGCGAGCCUGCUCCCGCUGGUGAUAACUAUCGUCGCUGCAUUCCUCCUUGCGGCGCGCCAGGUAGCCCAACCGCCGACUGCUCUUCGCCCCAAGGUUUUUGUCAUUGGAUUAUCAAAGACCGGAACCAGCUCGAUUGGAGAUGCUCUUGCCUUGGUUGGUUACAAGCGACUGGGAUGGAAGGAUAUCCGCAGUCGCCACCUCGUGCACACCUGGGCAAAUGGCGACUUCGACGCGCUGAUCGAGCAGACUAAAUACUACGAUGCCUUCGAGGACCUGCCAUGGCCGUUCAUGUACAAGCAGCUUGCCGAACUCUAUCCCGACGCCAGAUUCGUCUUGAGCUUGAGGAAGGAUGAACAGACAUGGCUUCGAAGCAUGAGUCGCCACGUUGGACGUGGCGCGUGGCAGCCAUACAGCUACUUCUAUGGCACUUCGCAGGUGGAAGGCAACGAGGAGCUGGUGCUGCAGUCCUACCGCAACCACACCGACAGUGUUCAAAACUACUUCCGAAAGCAGCCGCAUCGGUAUGCCGAGCUGGUGAUCGAUGAUGGAGACGCCAACUGGAGAGUGCUAUGCUCAGUGGCGAACUGUGCCAACGAGACCGUGACUGCUGCACCUUUCCCAAGGAGUAACACGGCCGCCCACUGGCAGAAUGGAGCCUUUCUCGACAAUCUUCAUUUCGGUUGGAGCUGGUUCAUCACGCGCGUUGAGGAGCUGAGUGCAUCGUCCUAUUACAAAGGAGGCUGGUCUUUCGUGAACACCUUGCUUGGUCUGUCCUGGGAUAUUGUGUCCAUGGUUGAACAAGCAUGUUCCGAGCUGUACUUCAAAGCCACCAUACCUACAGCGCAAGCGAGUGGAGCAGUCGACUUCCGCAUGAGAGGAUGGCCAGAGGCGACGCCACUACUGUGA